AGUAGGGAAACUGGGAGUGUUUACCGAGGAGAGGGCGGCUUGGACGAGGGUUCGAAAGUGUUCGAGUGGAAUGUGCCGGCGACACCCGGAAACGGCAUGAAUAGGUACUUAGUGACCUGCCGCCAAGGAUCUCAAGGCGUUGCGGCUUUCUUUCAUCAGACCAAAUGUCACGUCCAGAUCCGGGGAGCGGGAGAACAGAGUGCUGCCAUUUAUCUUGUUGAGUGUCAAUCCCCGUCCCGUGCUUGGCACAUGACUGGUGUUGGGCGGUCAUCAGUUGCAUCUUUUUACCAAGGUCAAGAUCAGGAAGGAAGGGAGGUUCGACACGCCAUAGCAUCCCAGGGAUGGAGGUUGAGAAGAACCAGGAUUUGUGGUAUCAAUAUGAUUUUUCUGACCCCUCCCGCCACUAUGUAUACAAGCAAAGCAAGCCAUGCAAGCCAAGUUUGUAUCCCAGAUCUGGCAUCCAGGGGACCUAGUCAGUAUGCAUGCCAUAAACUACGGUGUAGAUGGGUUGGAUAGAUGAUCAAUUCGCGAAUCCCGCUGUGGGAGGCGAAGGCACGGAACAUGUUGGAUGUGCAUUCUAGUCCACCC